AUGUCCGAGCCCAUCCCCGAAGCAAUCCCGACCUCCUCACACCCACGCCCCGCCAAACGCCGCGCCCUCUCCCCCCGCGCCACCCACGCCUCCCACGUAGCCUCGCUCCUCGCCAACCCGACCACAACAAUCCACCUGCCGCCCACCAGCACGUCGGCCGCCUCCUCCGCGCCCCCCGAAAUCGUCGCCAACGUGCAGGGCUCCAGUGCCGGCGCGGGCUCAGGCGAGUUCCACGUCUACAAGGCCUCGCGGCGGCGCGAGUACGAGCGCCUGCGCGCCAUGGACGACGAGGUGCGCGGCGAGGCGGCCGAGAAGGCGUUUUUGGAGCGCAGGGGGGAGGUCGAGCGUGCGGAUCGCGAGAAGACGGAGAGGAAUCGGGCGAAGCGGGCGAAGGCGCUGGCAAGGAAGGCGAAGGCGAAGAAGGGGGGCGUGGUGAAGGUGGAUGAGGCCGGGAAGCGGAAGUUGGUGGCUAAUGCGAAUGCUGUUAAGACGGGGGAUGGGGCGGAGGAGGGGGAGGGCGAGGGGGCGGAGGCUGUGGGGGGUGUGGGGAAUGUGGAGGAGAUUGGGCUGGUUAUUGAGGACGAUGAUUGA